AGAUGGAUAAAUGAGCGAGGCCGCCGGGUCUCGGAGCGUGCCGAGCCCAACUUCUGAGCGGGGAUGGAAGGGAUGCUGAGGCGGCGUGCAGACAGGACGGGGAAGGGCUGCCAAGGAGCAGGGCGAGCCAGAACGGCAGGACGAGGGGAAAAGAGAAAGGUGGUGGGAAGGAAGAAAGGAGAAGAUAGGGAAAGAUCGGUUUAAAUCCCAGUGAUUUCUUUUUGUUCCUGGAUGUAGCCGCCCGCCCUGGCCGAGGUGCUGGGUGUGGGUUCGCGGUGCUGGAGGAACAGCUCGUGUUCCUGUCCAGAAGGGAUCCCUCUGCCCUGUCCCGCCUGACGGGCAGCCAGCAGGGACACACACACGGGAGCUCCGCGAUGGAGCCCUGAAGUUCAUCCCCUGCUGUCCCCCCUGCAUCUCCCCCUGGCACAUUAGCAUGCAGGGUAGGCUCUGCCGUGUAUUUAUUUAACGGCUCCGUUUGCUGUGCCAGCGCACAGCGCCCUUGGCUCGGCUCUGCCUCCCCAGCCCCGGGUCCGUGCCCGGCUGGGCUGGGCUGGGCAGCGCGGGCACAGCGAGCGCUGCCAGGGGAGGGGGCAGCGCCUGCCAGCUGGGGAGAGGCAGCGAGAGCCUCGGCAGCGAUGAGGGAGAAGCUGUUUAGUCAUCUCUCUAUAUAUACUUUCACAAUGAUGAGCACAUUUACUGAUUGCUGCUGACUGCGUUCGGAGAGGGAGGAAGAGCAGGCGGCACCGCUCACCUUCCAUCCCCAGGAGUGCCUGCUCCCCUUCUCCCGCUCCCCACAGCCGGCCCCGCUCUGGGCGCACAGUGUCCUUCCCUCCAGAUGGAACUGGUGUGACCCGCAGCAGCGCCCAGCAGCCUCCCCAGCCCCGCCUGCACUAACGCGCCCGGGCUCACCAUGGCAGCAGGGGUGGCAGCCUGGCUGCCCUUCGCCAGGGCAGCCGCCAUAGGAUGGAUGCCAGUGGCCAACUGCCCCAUGCCGCUGGCGCCCACGGAGAAGAACAAGAGGCAGGAUGAGCUCAUCAUCCUCAACGUGAGCGGCAGGCGCUUCCAGACCUGGAGGACUACACUGGAGAGGUACCCGGACACUCUCCUGGGCAGCACGGAGAAGGAGUUCUUCUUCAACGAAGACACCAAGGAGUACUUCUUUGACCGGGACCCCGAGGUCUUCAGGUGCAUCCUCAAUUUUUACAGAACUGGCAAGCUGCACUACCCCCGGUACGAGUGCAUCUCUGCCUACGACGAAGAGCUGGCCUUCUACGGGAUCCUGCCCGAGAUCAUCGGGGACUGCUGCUAUGAAGAGUACAAGGACAGGAAGCGGGAGAACGCCGAGCGCCUGAUGGACGACAACGACUCGGAGAACAACCAGGAGGGCUCCAUGCCCUCGCUGAGCUUCCGGCAGACCAUGUGGCGCGCCUUCGAGAACCCCCACACCAGCACCUUAGCCUUAGUCUUUUACUACGUCACCGGGUUCUUCAUCGCCGUCUCGGUGAUCACCAACGUGGUGGAGACCGUGCCCUGCGGCUCCGUGCCGGGGAGCAAGGAGCUGCCCUGCGGGGAGCGCUACGCCGUGGCCUUCUUCUGCCUGGACACGGCGUGCGUGAUGAUCUUCACCGUCGAGUACCUGCUGCGGCUGUUCGCGGCGCCCAGCCGCUACCGCUUCAUCCGCAGCGUCAUGAGCAUCAUCGACGUGGUGGCCAUCAUGCCCUACUACAUCGGCCUGGUCAUGACCAACAACGAGGACGUCAGCGGGGCCUUCGUCACGCUGAGGGUUUUCAGGGUUUUCAGGAUUUUCAAGUUCUCCCGCCAUUCCCAAGGCCUGAGAAUCUUGGGCUACACUUUGAAGAGCUGUGCCUCCGAGCUUGGCUUUCUCCUCUUUUCCCUCACUAUGGCAAUCAUCAUCUUUGCAACUGUGAUGUUUUAUGCGGAGAAAGGGUCCUCGGCGAGCAAAUUCACCAGUAUUCCUGCUUCCUUUUGGUACACUAUUGUAACCAUGACAACGCUGGGCUACGGGGACAUGGUGCCCAAGACCAUCGCGGGGAAGAUCUUUGGCUCCAUCUGCUCGCUCAGCGGGGUGCUGGUGAUCGCCCUGCCCGUGCCCGUCAUCGUCUCCAACUUCAGCCGCAUCUACCACCAGAACCAGCGCGCCGACAAGCGCCG